GCGAUGGGGGCCACGGUGGUUCGCGAGAUCAGGAACUUCAACCUGGAGAACCGGGCGGCCCGGGAGAUCAGCAAGGCAAAGCCCUCGGCCGCCCCCAGGCACCCCUCCACCCGCAGCCUGCUGCGGGAGCAGAUGAGCGGCCAAGCGGAUAUUAAGGGAGAAAUUGUUAGAAAGGAUGACAAAUUGCUGUCGUUACUGAGAGAUGUGUACGCUAAUUCCAGAGAUCCCGUGUCUUCUGCGCAGGACAAAGAUGCUAGAACACCUACAGAGCCAAAGGAGUUCAGAUUGCCGAAAGGCAAUCAUUUUGACAUAAAUAUUGAGAAUAUUCCCAAAGGCAAAGUUUCCAUUGUAGAGGCUUUAACACUUCUCAAUAAUCAUAAACUUUAUCCAGAUACAGGGACUUCUGAGAAAAUAGCAGAAGAAUACCAUCUAGAACAGAAAGACGUAAAUUCUGUUCUCAAAUACUUCACUACUUUUGAAGUCAAAAUCUUCCCUUCUGAAGACAAGAAAGCAAUUCAAUCAAAAUGAAGGAACCCUUGGAAUUACUUUUCCUGUCCCCAUGCCCUGUUUAUUUUCUCAUUUUUAGCAUAUUAAAUUGUAUAAAUUACUGAAUGUUUAAAGCUCCCUCCUUAUGAGUGCAUCCUAUUUAUUGACCUCCGCUGAUAGAAUAAAUUUUGUUUCAACUUUAA